AUGAAGUCGUUCGUCGUCUUCUUGGCCGCCAUAAUGGCCACCACUUCGGCGUUGCCGUAUCAGCUGAUUCUGUUCGAUGAAACCGAUCUUCCGAUCCGCGUCGUUCGAUCGGCCUACGGGGGCGGUGGCGGAGGAGGUGAUUUUGGGGGUCUGAGUGGUAGCGCGGCCAACGCCGCUGCGCAGUCCUUCAACCAGGGUGGUGGUUUCGGAGGCUUCGGAGGAGGUGGCCACGGUGGUGGCUUCGGAGGACUUUCCGGGUCGGCGGCAUCGGCCGGAUCACAGUCCUUCACGCAGGGCGGCGGUGGUGGCCACGGAGGUGGUGGCUUCGGAGGACUUUCCGGGUCGGCGGCAAACGCCGCUUCGCAGUCGUUUUCGCAGGGCGGUGGUGAAAGCCGUGUCACUCGUCAGCUGCACGGUGGCGGAUUUGGUGCCUCCGGUUCGGCAGCAAACGCUGGAGCACAGUCGUUCAACCAGGGAGGUGGCUUCGGGCAUGGUGGCUUCCCCGGACACGGUGGUGGCUUCGGAGGAUUCUCUGGCUCGGCAGCAUCAGCCGGUAGCCAGUCGUUCACCCAGGGCGGUGGACACGGUGGAUUCGGUGGAUCGGGUUCGGCAGCUUCUGCCGGUAGCCAGUCCUUCACCCAAGGAGCCGGCGGAUUCCCCGGUGGCUUCGGUGGUGGUCUCUCCGGAUCAGCCGCCAAUGCCGGUGCUCAGUCCUUCGGAGGAUAAGCAGCUCGGCCGCGAGCAAGCAGUCCACCGCCUAACGGCGCCAGUGACUGCGAGGAUGAACGAGUAUUAACUUCAGUCGAAUGAAGCUCUUUCGACGCUCCCGUCAAAUGGCCACACGCUAAGGAUUACGUUACGAUCACGCCAGCAAACCAGUUUAAGGUGCAAUGGAAAAUAAAUGCACAGGAGCAGUGGAAAAUAAAGCCACAAAAUGUGGAAUGUAAU